GGCUCUGCUGGUCACUAAAAUGUGUCUGACGGUGAGAACAUUGAGCAGCAGAAUCAGGAGAAAUGGGACACCCGGGGUUAGAAUGUGGUGGAGGGACUCGAUUGUGACCCAGACACUGGAGACUCGAACAGCGACUGUUACAUCACAAAACCAGGGGGCGUUCCCCAGCCAAUACCGAGCCCUUCUGGCAACAAAUGGCCACAAACCGAUCAAAGGUGAAAGUGACGGUGAACCAGACAGAGCAGUCAGUGGCUGCAUAAAGCAGGACGGCGUGGAUAUUACACACGGGGACGGAGUACCUCAGGAAAUAAAACUGUUCCCGAUAAACAAUGGGAAUGUGUCUCAGGAUCAGGUCGAGGAUAAUGACCAGGAGAUCCGCCGCUGCCAUGGCCCCCAGCUUUGGGAGGAAACGGGAGAAUCCAUCAGAAACUCACGUAGACAAGGGGAGAAGAUGCAAACUCAUGCAGAUAGUCGCCCGAGGCUGGAAUUGAACUCAUGUCCCUGAUGCUGUGAUGGAACAGUGCGAACUACUGAGCCACUGUGCUAACCUGGGACCUCCUGCCAGCCUAAUGCAAAGGGAAUUCAGCCAAAUCUAACUCUCCCAGGAGUAGAAUACCUUCAGAAGCAGAAUAACAUUUUGGACAAUCUCUCAAUUUUUCGUUUUUGUCAUUAGUUACAUUAAUAUUUGGACAAGGUUCUUUCAAUGUGAAAUUUCAGAGAUUUUGUUUGUGUGUGUGUGUGUGUGUGUGUGUGUGUGUGUGUGUGUGUGUGUGUGUGU